AUGUCUGGAAUGCUAUGGCGUGGUUUGUUCCGGCGCAGCUCGGCUGUCCGAAUGACGACGAGCUCUAAUGUUACCCCUAAACAAAGCUUCUCAACGACUUCCCGGCGACGGAUUAUGGAGACUACUGGCUUCACAGAAAACCAACUGACUGUCCGUGAAGCCGUUGCAGCGAUAUGCUCCCAAUUUCCUAACACAUAUUGGCAAGAAAGGGACCAACUAGAACAAGAUCCCGAAGAAUUUCACGCCGCCCUCGCAAAAGAUGGCUGGCUCGGUAUUGCAUUACCAGAGGAACAUGGCGGAUCCGGGCUGGGCAUAUCUGAAGCCACCAUGAUGAUGCAGACGAUCACAGAGUCCGGAGCCGGCAUGGCGGGCGCCCAAAGCAUACACGCGAACGUUUAUGCGACGCAGCCACUGGCCAAAUUUGGUAAUAAGGAGCAGCUUGAGAGCACGAUCCCGAACAUUAUCUCUGGGAAGUGGCGGACAUGCUUCGGCGUCACGGAACCUGACACAGGCCUCGACACGUUAAGGUUGAAGACCACAGCGAAGCAGCUGGACGAUGGGGGCUACAGCGUCACGGGCCAGAAGAUCUGGAUCACUUGUGCACAAGUUGCCAGAAAGAUGAUCUUACUUGCGCGGACGACGCCACUAGAGGAAGCCAAGAAGCCAAGUGAGGGCCUGUCUAUGUUUUGUAUUGACAUAGAUAAGGAGUCACCCGGCCUUGACCUACGGAAGAUCAAGAAGAUGGGCGGUCGCGCGGUGGAUGCUAAUGAGGUCUUCUUUGACAACUACAAAAUCGGCCCAGAGACUCUGAUCGGCACGGAAAAUCAUGGGUUCAAGAUCAUUCUUCACGGCAUGAACGCCGAGCGAUGCCUUUUGGCUGGCGAGGCGCUCGGUCUGGGAUAUGCUGCAUUAACAAAAGCAGCCGACUACGCUCGUGAGCGAGUAGUAUUCCAGAGACCAAUCGGAAUGAACCAGGGCAUAGCACAUCCGCUAGCUGACGCAUAUAUGAAGCUUGAAGCCGCAAAACUGGCGACAUAUCACGCAGCGCGUCUUUACGAUAACAGCAAGACCGACAAGUCUAUCAGACAAGAUGCAGUCGGGGUUGCUGCAAACAGCGCCAAGUAUCUUGCGGCGGAGGCUGCUUUUACGGCAUGUGAAAGGGCCGUGAUGACGCAUGGAGGAAUGGGUUAUGCAAUGGAAUAUGACGUGGAGAGAUAUCUGAGGGAGAGUCUCGUACCGCGUAUUGCGCCAGUGAGUCGCGAGAUGAUCAUGAACUUCAUUAGCGAAAAGGUAUUGUGCUUGCCUAGAAGCUAUUGA